AUGGCUCCCUUUUCUGGGGAUGGUGUGUUAUGGCUGUGUCUAGGUGUUUCGCUAUUCUUUGCUGUCCGCGGCAUCGCGACGGAUCUCCGUCAAGUUGUCGAUCUGACGGAAAUCAAACAUGUCGAAAAGGAAGACAAGAUUAUCAACACACUUCUCAAGUUAUCUCAAAGCACGAACCAUGACCUCCGAGCUGCAUCUCUGCGCAUCAUCUCGGAAAGGUCUUGCAAGGGUGCCACUCGCGACCUGCUUUUAGAGGAUCUGGCAUCCAAAGACAAAGUUCCUCAAGCACGAGCUUUGAAUGCAUUGAACUUCCUCACCUCAAACCGAGCUCUCACUCGAACCUCCAUAUGCACUCGAAUUGCCGACCUUCACACCUUCACUGCACUGGUCAAUUGCCUCAGCAAUUUCUUGGAAGAGCAUGUCGAGAAAACCACAACCACGAAUUCGCCAAUUCUGCCCAAAACUAGACCCAUGGGAGAGAAGAAGGCUCUCAACAUUCUACACGCAUUGUUGCCAGAGAACGUACCCGAGGCGUUGGAAGCUGGAAUUAUCAGCCGGUGGCUGUGCAGGUAUCCUUUCCCAUGCGCGCUGGCUGAGCCUUCGCGUCGACGAGAUGUUGUGAUUCUCAUGAAAACCUGGUGGUCCGAUGAUGUCGUCAUGAGUGCAAUUUUCAGCACACUCUCCUCUCACCCGGACGGCAUCAAGCAAUUGCGAAAACAUGGGUUGAUGGGCAGCAUGAUCGCAGAAAACGACCAAGAUGACGACGAUGAUGCAGAUAGCGACGUUUGGAUGGUGGAUGCGGAUGAGGCAGGGGGCUCGUUCGGACGAACUCCCUCGCGCAGAUUUCCUGAAGGGAGUGUCGAGGACCAGGCACUGCGUCGGCGAAGGAGAGAAGCCAUGGUUUUGAGCGACGGCGGACGGCCAAUUGGAAAUGACGACAUCAUCCAGCGGCCGAUUGAUUGA